AUACCAACUCCCUCCAUGCCAUACCAUCCUGCACCUCCAGCAAACCUCUGUCCCUCCCUCCCCUCCCUUCCACCAGAAGUCCAGAACAGAACCACCCAUGGCCAUGGAGGAGUAUGGGAUAGAAUCAGUUCUCACUUCUUUGCUCAUCACGUGUUAAUUACGUAAUUGUAAUUUGGAUGCAGAAAACUUGAGCCAGUGAUACCGGAGAGAUGUUAAAUUCUCGACUUGUACGCUCUCCCACGAAGCAGCUAUGGUGCGAAGAAAAUGCAUCCGAUUUAGUGGAUGAAGACGGAGGAGGAGCGGAAGAAUUUGCCUUGGGAGAAGAAUCGUGUGAGGAGGAGGAGGAGGAGGGGGAGGUGGAAGCGUAUGUGCAGAUGCUGCUUGAAGGUGAAAGCAGAUUGCAAUUGAAGGAGGUCUUGCAGUUGCAGCAGAAUCUGUGGAUUGUUAGGGCUCGUUUGGAUGCAAUCCAGUAUAUCCUCAGAACAAGGGAACAUUUGGGGUACAGAAUCCAAACUGCUUAUGCAUCCGUCACAUAUCUCGAUAGAUUUCUUUCCAAAAGAUCUAUUGCCGAAGGGAAGUCUUGGGCAGUGAGGCUGCUGGCAAUGGCUUGCCUUUCAUUGGCUGCAAAGUAUGAAGAAACUGCAGCACCACCAGGGUUGUCACACUUAUGCUCGGAGGAUUACAAUUUCGAGUGCACUGUGAUACUGAGAAUGGAGCUUUUGGUGUUGGCAACAUUGGAAUGGAGAAUGGGAUUGAUUUCUCCCUUUGCUUUCAUUCAGUUCUUCGGGAGAAAGUUCAGUGAUAAGUUUUCACCAAGAAAUCAUGCUGAAAAAACAGUGGGAAUCAUUAUGAGUGCAGUGAGAGAUGUGGAAAUAAUGUCUCACAGACCAUCUGUGAUAGCAGCAGCAGCUACAUUAGCAGUGUUAGAUAGAGAUUUGACAAGAGAUGCGCUGCAAUUGAAAAUCAGCUCCUUGACUUCAAGUGGUUCUUUUCAAUCUGAAGACAUCCUUUCUUGCUACUACCAAUUCAUGGAAAUGGGCAUUGAAUCUCAUGAUCUAAAUAGAGUUGACCCUAAUGAAACUUCUUCAGUUACCUCCAUGGACACAGCCAAAAGGAAGAGGCAAAUGCUGGACAAAGGUGAUGUGCCUGAGAAAAAGGGGAAGCCCUGAAUUCAGACAGACAGAGCAGGUCAAUUAAAUUUUGGUGAAGGAUUACUUUGUGAGUAUGCUAAUGAUCCAUCUUUGGGAUAUUGUACAUAAUAAGAUUUCAAGAUGAUUGGGUUGGGUUGGGUAGUAGGAGGCAGGGGGGAAGAGGACAUGUUUGGAGAAAAGCAACAAGAAGAAAUAAAGGAAAAAAAGAAAAUAAAAGUUGGCCCUAAAAAAGAAGCUAGUAGAAAACACAACAAACACAGCUCAUAUGGUGUGGUGUGGUGUGGACAGGGAGGGAGGGAGACCACAUAGAUAUGACUUUCACACAGUUAACCAUAUCUAUUGUCUUCUUCACACAUUUGUCCCAUCCCAUUUCUUUGAUUAUUUCAUUGACAUUAUUGUCUCUCUUUUUUUAACUUUUCUUUCACAGGGUUUCUGUUUUACAAAGAUGUCUAUCAUCAUCCAUAUGCAUAUGUGAUGCAGCCCUAGAUUUUUUUAUAAAGGGGAUGAUGCCUUUUAUUGUUUUUUUGGUUAGCUUUUUAGUGGGGAGAUUGAAUUCCAUCCAAUAGGGGUUUGAGGAAGCUGUUUCUUGAUUUGAUACAACAUUGUUUGCUGCAGUUUGCCCAUCACAAAAGUUUGCAAAAGAUUGGAUUUUUUUUUUUUUUUUUUGCCCUUUUUAAUAUUCUUGAAUAUGCACUUUAAUUUUGAGGUGGGGGACUUGUUGUGGCCUUUGAUCAAAGGCUCCUCACCAUGUUUUUGUAUAUAUAUAUAUAUAUGUGUGCCGACCACAGUUUGUA